AUUGCCGAAGCUACAAAAGUGUGCCAUGCCCUCUCUCUCUCUUCCUUUCUAGGGUUUUCAGAUUCUAUCAAUUUUUUUUGACAGAGAAACUAACCAUUAUUGUACACCUUUUUAUAUAAAACAUAUACCGUACAUAGAUAUAUAUAUGAUUAGAUAGAUGUAUACGUAUACGCGGUGCUGAUUGGAACUACCUUUAUCUCAGAUUCGAACCUUCACUUUCAAGAAUCCCCAGAUCGGAUUGGUAUAUUUGAACUUUAUUCCACUUUUAUUUUGGAGCUCAAACUCGAAGACUCUGAAGACAAAAAUCUUAAGAUUUAGGUAUUUGUUGAACAUGGGCAGUAUUUUCUUACGAAAGAUCUGGCUUUGAAGGCCAAGGUGGUAUACUUAAAUGUUAUGCAAAAGCUGUUUGAGGAAUGUGAUUGUUCAAGCUGGGCAUCUAGGCGCAUUUCCGCAAAAGGGGUUGUUGCAAGUAAGCAGUACUGGAAAGAGGUCGAAUGAAGGUCUCAGCUUAACGUCUUGGUGGAACAGACAAUUUAAAACAAGUUUAAGGAUGAUGGUUGAUACAGGGGCAUCAACAAAACAGGGGACCAUCAUUGACAUGUUGCCAGAUAAAGACGAAGGUGGAUUUUCCAGCGGAGGAUGGAAAAGUGAAGAUGGAAAAUUGAGCUGGGGAUACUCAAGUUUCAGAGGAAAGAGAAUGACCAUGGAGGAUUUUUAUGAUGUUAAGACAACAAAGAUUGAUGGCCAAACAGUCUGCCUGUUUGGAAUAUUUGAUGGACAUGGUGGAUCUCGUGCUGCUGAAUAUUUAAAAGGACAUCUCUUUGAGAAUCUCAUGAAGCACCCGCAAUUUAUGACAGAUACCAAAGUGGCUAUAAGUGAAUCAUAUAAGCAGACUGAUACUGAUUUUUUGAAUUCCGAAAGGGAUACUUAUCGGGAUGAUGGUUCUACUGCCUCAACUGCAGUCUUGGUUGGUAACCAUCUGUAUGUUGCCAAUGUUGGAGAUUCACGUACCAUUAUCUCAAAGGAUGGACUAGCUAUUCCUCUCUCUGAGGAUCAUAAACCAAACCGAAGUGAUGAGAGGAAGAGAAUCGAAAGUGCAGGGGGUGUGGUAAUGUGGGCAGGUACUUGGAGAGUAGGUGGUGUGUUAGCUAUGUCUCGGGCUUUUGGCAACCGCAUGCUGAAGCAAUUUGUUGUGGCAGAGCCAGAGAUCAAGGAUAUAGAGAUGGAUGAAGAAAUUGAAUUGCUUGUGCUCGCAAGUGAUGGAUUGUGGGAUGUGGUAGCGAAUGAGGAUGCUGUUUCGCUUGCUCGGACAGAAGAAGAACCGGAGGCAGCAGCCCGAAAGUUAACAGAAGUUGCUUUCAAUCGUGGGAGUGCAGACAAUAUAACAUGCAUUGUGGUAAAGUUUCACCAUGACAAAGCAGAAGCAGAAGCAGCAUCUGCAGCAGCAGUCCCGGAGAAUGAUUGAAUAAAUUAUAGAGCCAUGUGUAGAGAUGGAGCAACAACAUAUGAGAGUAAAUGAUUUUAAUAAAUACACAUGCAAAAAAUGGCUGAUUUGCCGAUGAUGAAAUCAAUUUAUUGUUAUUCUUUUCUGUGGUUUUGUUUGUUUUGUUUUGUUGCUUGUUUUCUUAUUUUAUUUUAUUAACCUUAAAACCACCUACUGUGUGUGUGAUAUGUUCCUUUGUAGCAUAGCAUCUAUCAAUGUCUAUUUGCUUCAUUUGUCGGCCUUA